AUAUAAGUUUAGUAAGUAGGAAAAAAGAAAAAAAGAAAAGAAAAAACAUUCGUAUCAUCUAAUACAAAAUGAGCUUUCCCAAAAUCAACAUAGCUUUGUUCUUUCUCAUUUUGGCUUCAGUAUUAGCGACAAUUCCCUCUUCAGACUCUCAAGGUUUACCCAAACCAUUAUCUAGUGAAUUCAGGCCGGAUUUCCAGGUGCAUGUUGUCAACAAUUUGGGCAGAAACAAGAUAUUACUUGUACAUUGCAAGUCUAAAGAUAAUGAUCUUGGUAUCCAUAAUCUUACAGUUGGGUCUGAAUUUUCUUGGAGGUGUAAAACUGGUCCAACUCUUCCUCCUGGGAGUUAUGUUUCUGAAUGCAUUUGGGUUGCUAAAGAUAAUGGGGUUUAUAUGAAGGAUCUUAUGGCAAACAGAGAUGACUUUAUUAGUGGUUGGCAGCAAGGAAGGGUAAUUGAUUAAGAAAAAUUAGAAUACUAUUGAUUAUUGAAAAAAGAAUUGUCGUCAAAUAAGUAAUGUAGUCUAUCUGAAUUUGCAAUAAAGUGUUUAAUGAAAAUAAAAGUCUUCCAAAUAUUGUUACC